CCCUGCACCGACACGCACACAUAUACACUCUGAAACACACAUGAAGCAUGAUGUUAAACUGCUGACAGACAGCCACCACACAAACACACAGACACACACCUCAGCACACACUCCACGGAGAGGGACACUCGCUGCUGCUAAUCACUGGUGGGAUGGAGGGGGGCUAACCUUGUGGAAAUUUUCCAUCUUUUAUGUUGUUUUUUUUCUUAUUUUACAGCUGCUUUGUGGAAUAAUGAUCAAAUGUUCUUGAUGGGACUGGCUGGCGUGCAAAAGGGGAAGAAGAAGCAGUCCAGAAAAUGCACUGUGGGGAUCCCAGCAUCAACUGACAGCAGCGUGAAAGUGAAGUAAACUUGUUUAUUUCGCAGGCGCUCAGUGCUGACGGCAGCUGUAUACAACAGUUAUCAACAUCACCGCCACGGCCAUGCCUCGUUUAGGAGAUCCACAACCCCGUUAGUUCUUCCUGCCACCCCAUCACCUGGGCCCUCGCACGCCCUCAUGACUCCAGGCCAUCUGGCUCACAGCUACCCCGUCAACUUCUACUGCUGUCGGAAACAUCGAGGCACAUCCAGGCGCUGCCAACCUGGGACACCCCAGGGUCACCUUUGCCUUUGAUGCAUGGAUCCCGACAGGACUGGGGGCGGAGGAAUGAGGAGGAACAUGUUCCUCUGGUGGAUCUUAUUGCUUUUCUCCCAAGGAUUUGUAUUUCGCAACGUUCAAGGGGAACUUCCUUUUAUCUCGGGGAACAAUGCUGCCAUGCUGGUCAACUGGAAUGCUGUUGACGGAAACAAGAAAUUGUUCGCAAUCUAUGACACGAGCGUCAAUGAACCGGGCAACAUGUCUUUCGUGAAGGAGACGGUGGAUAAACUACUGAAGGGAUAUGAUAUCCGACUGAGGCCGGACUUUGGAGGUGCCCCUGUUGCAGUCGGGAUGAGCAUAGACGUGGCCAGCAUAGACAUGGUGUCAGAAGUCAACAUGGACUACACAUUGACCAUGUAUUUCCAGCAGUACUGGCGGGACAAGCGUCUAGCCUACAUAGGAAUCCCCCUCAACUUGACCCUGGAUAACAGGGUUGCAGACCAGCUCUGGGUCCCUGACACCUAUUUCCUCAACGACAAAAAGUCUUUCGUCCACGGAGUCACCGUCAAAAACCGCAUGAUCCGCCUGCAUCCAGAUGGAACCGUUCUUUACGGCCUCAGGAUAACUACAACAGCAGCGUGUAUGAUGGAUCUUAGGAGGUAUCCCCUGGAUGAACAGAACUGCACUCUGGAGAUAGAGAGCUAUGGCUACACCACAGACGACAUCGAGUUUUACUGGAAAGGAGGCGACACGGCUGUAACGGGGGUGACGCGGAUCGAGUUACCUCAGUUCUCCAUUGUCGAUUACAAGCUGGUGUCCAGAAACGUAGUCUUUUCCACAGGUGCCUACCCUCGACUGUCUCUGAGCUUCAAGCUAAAGAGGAACAUCGGCUACUUCAUCCUGCAGACGUACAUGCCAUCGAUCCUGAUUACCAUCCUCUCCUGGGUCUCCUUCUGGAUAAAUUACGACGCGUCAGCAGCCAGAGUGGCUCUAGGGAUCACCACGGUGCUGACAAUGACCACUAUCAACACCCACUUGAGAGAGACGCUGCCCAAGAUCCCCUACGUCAAGGCCAUCGACAUGUACCUGAUGGGCUGCUUCGUCAUGGUCUUCCUGGCCCUGCUGGAGUACGCCUUUGUCAACUACAUCUUCUUCGGGAGGGGUCCCCAGAUGCAGAAGAAGCUAGCGGAGAAGGCAGAGAAAGCCAACAAUGAGAGGGCAGCAAAGUACGACGCUGCAAGGGAGGCAGGUAGUAGGACCGCAUCCCUAAAGCGGUCCAAUCAGGUUAAAGGUCUUCGCCACUCACGCUCGGCGGAACCGCACGGCCACGGGAACAUCCUGCUAACCACCCUGGAGAUCCAUAACGAGGUGGCGGGGGGCGAGAUCACCACCAGCUUGGCGGACAUUAGGAACUCUCAGUCCAUGGUGCAGUUGGACAGCACGGCCUCGUCGCACAUCCAGUACCGCAAGCAGAGCGGCGGGAUCGGCCCACGCUCCACCAGCAAGCACUCCCUGGACCGGGCCGCUCAGCUGAAACGCAGCCGUCUGCGGAGGCGGUCCUCGCAGCUCAAAAUCAAAAUCCCCGACCUGACGGAUGUGAACGCCAUCGACCGCUGGUCACGGAUCAUCUUCCCUUCUGUUUUCUCACUGUUCAACCUCGUCUACUGGCUCUACUAUGUCUGAUUGGACUGUUUUGUUGAGAUGUUUGUUGUUGCUUGUUUGAUUUUUUUUCUUCAUUUUGUUUCUUUUUCUUCCUUUUGUCCUGUUGCUUUUAUACAUGAUCAAAUCUAUCGAAUUAAAGACUGCAACCCUUCAAGACAAAAAAACAACAGACUGAGAAAGGACCAAGUUCUUGUCAAAAUUGUUUUUAUAUUUGCAGUCUUUGAAUCCUUAGUACCAAGGUGUUUUUAUUUUCAAAAGUAUGUACUGUAAUUGGGACUUGUGACAGUCAUUUCCCAACAUUUGCCCUUUCAGUAAUGUGUAAAUAGAGAGAUACAAAGCCAGCAAUUGAAUAAAUAAUACAGAAUUAGCAAAAAACAAACACAAUAGCAGUUAACGCAAUGAUUUUUCUAAAAAAAAACAACAACUUUAUACUACACAGGUGGUCAAAUAAAUGCAGGCAAUUCCUAAAAGUCCAUUAAACAAACUAAUGUAUGUUUGACUGGUACCAUAUGCACUACUAAUGCAUGUAAUGAUCAACCAUAGUGAAGAAAUUACUCCUUUUUUGCCUUGGAUUAUGUCACAACUUUACAGAAGACUCUGUUGAUGUGUAUUUGUUUAUAGCAUUAAUAAUAUACAGAAUACUUGCUAUUAACCAUGUCAUUUGUUGAUCUGGUAAAACUUUACCCAAAAAUAAUAAUUUAAAGUUGAGGAUUUUAUCCUCUGUUCAGGAUGAUUGUGACUCAGGUUCUGAAUCUUUUGCUAUUUGACAUCUUUUUCUUGACGAAGAAAAGUGUCACUGAUCCUUUUUGGUAACUUGAUAAGGAAAAGAAAGCACAAAUACGAAUAAAACUGCCAUUUUUUCACUUCUACCUUCUGGUAACAGCGCUCAAGUGAUAGCAUGACAGAAUUGCACUCAAAUUUAUCAAACUUCUUCUAAAAAAUUGUCUUACUUUCAUUUAAAACAACUGCCAAGGGCCUUUUGGGCGACACGGUUACUUAACCCAUGAAAUAUUAUAAUAUUUUUGUACUCUGUGUCUUCAGGUAUUCCUUUGACUUUCCUAACCCGUCUUUUUUUUUUUGCUCAACACUAACUGUGUUAUGGUGAGGAAUGAAAUCCAUUUUUUGUAUAUAAGUACAUAUGUGUAUAUACAUAAAUGUAUAUAUAUAUAUACUGUGUGUACAACCCAAAAUGAAAUUGAUCUGAGAAUUUUGUGAUUGUCAUACUGGCUAUUAAAUGUCAGAAUAUUUAGUGCAAAAAAGACACAAAAAAAGACAAGGAUUAAACAAAUUAACCAACAGGUCAGUUUCAAGCAUCAGUUUAGUUUUUUUGUGGGGCACUCUGAAUAUCUUUACAAACAUCCGACCAUGUUCAAGACCACACUAGACACUGUAUGUAUGUUCACCCUGCAUUUUAGAGUUACUGUAUGCCCCACCAUACAGCAGCAGAUUCAAAUGGAUUUCAUUGAUUCCACAGACGGACCACAAUAACCGGUCUGUGGACUAAUAAGCACAUGCUAGCGCUGAAUGUAAUGACUGUAUGCAUUCUUCAGGGAGAGGAUAAUGAGCCAUGGUCAUCGUUUCUCCAUCAGAAUGUAACACGCCCAUUCUUACAAGUGACGAAGAAAGAGAGGGAAGAAAUGGUGUUUUAAGAGUGUGUGCAUGUGCGUGCGUGUGUGUGUGUGUGUGUAUGCGAGAGAUGGGAAAUGGAUAAGGAGAGCUUAAGAUGGGAAGGGCGUGGGUAGACCAUUUAUUUUCUGUGCUGCUUGCUCGACUAUGGGCAAAUGUCAACGUAUAAUAGUUUUGUGGAUAAAAAUAGCUUUCCUGUCCCACUCUUUUGAUGAACUGUGUGCCAUUCCACCUAAGGUCGCAGAGCAAUCAACCAGUUACAACUCAUGGACGAUGAUGUAAAUCUGUCAUUGAUACAUUACAUACAUACAUACAUCGUUUGUGCAUGUACGAGAAUACAUGUAGAGUAAAAAAAAUGCUACUUGACAACAUUGGGAUCAAUUUAACUAAAACAUUGUUACGUUUUAUGUGUACAGAUUGAUUGAUAUAUGACUAAGAACUGAAUGUAUUGUACUUGGAUUGUUCCUGCAUAAAUGCAAUUUUCUUUCUGGAAA